CCAGUCAGUCACAGAGUUCAUGCUGCAAAAAGGAAAAGUAUCAGCGGUGAGAAACAGCCUGCAUUCAACGCCGUCGUCACACAGCCAUGUCUGAUAAGGAGUGGUGUACCUGGAAAAUGCAGCUUCAGUAGAGUCCAUUGAAGGUAAAUCACUGCGUCUGGUUGUUUGUCAUUGAACGGAAACAAGGAAGUAACUCAGCCUCACCGCUGGAGGAAGAACGUCCCAGCUUCCCUCUGAUCAAGUUCUCUCUGUGACAAAGAUGUCGACUUCUUCUAUCACCGACAGCAUCAGGAGAGGAACCAUCGCCUCUAAAAUGUCAAAGGAUCAUAAAAAGCCCACACCAGCUGCCCUGAAAGGAGCCAUCCAGCUGGGCAUUGGUUACGCUGUGGGAAACCUCAGCUCCAAACCAGACCGAGAUGUUCUCAUGCAGGACUUCUCUGUGGUGGAGAGCGUUUACCUGCCCAGUGAGGGCAGCAACCUGACUCCAGCUCACCACUUCCCUGACUUCCGUCUGAAAACGUACGCCCCGCUGGCCUUUCGUUACUUCAGAGAGCUGUUCGGCAUCAAACCAGACGACUAUCUGUACUCCAUCUGCAAUGAGCCUCUGAUCGAGCUGUCCAACCCUGGAGCCAGCAGUUCCUGGUUCUACCUCACUAGUGAUGAUGAGUUUAUUAUCAAGACGGUGCAGCACAAAGAGGCAGAGUUCCUGCAGAAGCUGCUUCCUGGUUACUACAUGAAUCUGAAUCAGAACCCGAGGACGUUGCUGCCCAAGUUCUACGGUCUGUACUGCAUCCAGUGUGGCGGCAUCAACGUCCGUGUGGUGGUGAUGAACAACGUGCUGCCGCGCGCCCUGAAGAUGCACUACAAGUACGACCUGAAGGGUUCCUCGUACAAACGCCGUGCCUCACGCAAAGAGCGCUCUAAGCCUUUCCCCACGUUCAAAGACCUGGACUUCGUGGAGAUGCAUGAGGGCCUGCACUUUGACCACGAAACCUACAACGCUCUGAUGAAGACCCUGCAGAGAGACUGUCGGGUGCUGGAGAGCUUCAAGAUCAUGGACUACAGCCUCCUGUUGGGGAUUCACGUGUUGAACAGAAAGCCUCUGAGCAGAGGAAGCCGGUGUGACAGCAGGAAAGGACAAAAGGUUCUCUACUCCACCGCGUUAGAGUCCAUCCAGGCCAACGUGAAGGACCCCGACCCCGUGGCUGAUGAUGAAACAUUUGGAGGAAUUCCUGCCAAACACAAAGAUGAGCACCUUCUCAUCUUUUUAGGAAUCAUCGACAUUCUUCAGUCCUACAAGUUCAUGAAGAAGAUGGAACACUCCUGGAAAGCUCUCGUGCACGAUGGGGACACAGUGUCGGUCCACAGGCCAAGUUUUUACGCCGACAGAUAUCUGAACUUCAUGGGCUCGUCUGUAUUUAAAAAGAUGAAUCCUAUUAGAGGGGCAUCUUCAAAGAGGAAGAGGACUUCCUUCUAUGCAGUGAGGUCGGCCUCUCAGGAGUUACUGUCUGUACGCAGAGAGGAGAAGAAGGAGGAGAAGAAGGCACAGAGCAUGGACAACCUGGAUGGAAAAUUUUACACCUCCUCAAAACAACCUGAUCUCCUGCCAAGACCGGCUGUCUCGUUUGAGUCCCCAAAAAGUGAUGACAAGGAUUUUGACAACAGUGAAGACCGUCGAGCCUCAUGUUCAACCAUCGCUCUGGAUUACCCACUGCCGUCUCACGACGUGUGCCACUCAGACUCGGAGCAGGACGACUACUUGCGUCACACCAGACCCAGUUGGAGUUGAUCAGUGGUUUAUCUUCCAAGAAUCCAUAAACUGGGAAAUCGUCUCUUUUGUUUUCCAGUGAACAGAAAUGAGUGAUCGCUCCUUCCUGCCUCCAGGACUUCUGACCUUCGACCUCCUCGUGCAACAGGGCAGAAUAGAGGCCUCAGGACUUCACAGCAGAAUGAAUGCAACUCAAACUACAAGCAGUUACAGUUUCUUCCACUGCGAGCAUCACUUCGUGCCUCUGUGACUUUCCUUUUUGAAACUAAAUGUGCCAAAUCACUGGUUCUUUUGUAGAAGUCUUGUUACCUGCAGAGGUGGAUCCAGUCUGUGUUUAUAGCCGUGUUAGUGAACCGCUGUGUGACUUUAAAACACUAUGAUACUGUCUCUUUUUGAACACUUUGCUACUAAAAGUUUCAGUUUCAGUACUCUUUGACGUCUGAUUUUCUGUGAAAAUGUCCGAUGACUCCUCAGAGGCUGGAUCUCUGAGGAAAGAUUUUGUUUUGUAUCUUAAUCAGCCACAGGAGAAAGAAAUAUGUUGUUUUUCUUCAAAUCAAAGGAAUCUGCAGAGCUUUGUUGAGAUCAUUGUUUUAGGAAUCUGAAUGAAAAAUGAAGCUGUCAGAACAGUUCAAUGUGCAAGAGUGAUGAAGAAUACAUGUCUAGAAAUAAAAAUGUAAAACUGAUUUAAGAUCUCAGUUUGCAAAUAUAUAUAUAUUCUGACUUUAUGCUACCUAAUAAUGUUUCUGUUCUCUGUCCAGAAGCUGCUUGCACCAGGACAAAUAGUUUUUCUUCAGUUUCUUCCUUUGACAUGUUUAAUUUCUGCAAUUAAAUAUUUUCUGUACAGUUUAAAGUCUUAAAUAUUCCUCUGUGCCAUGAAUCUAACAUUUUAAUGAACAGGUUUUUAAAAACUAUCCCCAGUUUGAAACUUUGUUUUUUAAUCCUUGAUGUAAAAAUCAACCAAACUUUGAGUCAUGUCAGCUGUCUUCUUUUGUCCACAUGCCUUAAGACUCGUGAAAAAUCUGUGCUUUGAUACGAUUUCUGAGCUUACGACUGUAUUAACGCAAUACUUUUGACUUCUGUGCAAUAAAUGUAUAAUGUUCUUGAAUAUU